AUGGCUGCACAGGAACCGUCUCCACCAUCUUCCCUGGAAGGUAACAAACCGGGCUUCCCAAAGAAAAUUUUGGCCAACAACCUCGAAGACAAGCAUCUGUGCAAUUCAUGCCAGAAAAUCCUGAGAAGGCCCCUGCAAGCCCAAUGUGGUCACCGCUUUUGUUCCUUCUGUUUCAACAAAAUUGUAAGUUCUGGACCACAGAAUUGCAGUGCUUGCAUCAAAGAAGACUUAUUUGAGGAACCCACCUCUGUUCUCAAGCAGGGUGGUGCUUUCCCAGACAAUGCAGCUCGGAGAGAAGUUGAGGCUCUGGCAGCCGUCUGUCCCAACGAGGGAUGCACGUGGACGGGGACUAUCAAAGAAUUUGAGGCUAGCCAUGAGGGCAACUGUGACUUCAUGAUCAUCCUGUGUCCUUCCUGUAAAGAGCUGAUGAGAGCCAAUGAACAGGAACGCCACAACGAGAGAGAGUGUCCAGAAAGGACACUCAACUGCAAAUACUGCAAAGAGCCCUUCUUGUUGAAGAACAUCAAGGCUCAUGAUGAAAUUUGUCCAAAGUACCCGAUGAUUUGUGAAGGUUGUGCCAAGAAAAAGAUCCCCAGAGAGAAGUAUGUGGACCAUAUUAAGUUCUGCAGUAAAUUUAAAGCUCCAUGCAGAUUUCAUGUUGUUGGCUGCGAUACGUCUGUGGAGAAAGAGAAGAUUCAUGACCAUGAGCGGCAGUGUUCCUAUGAACACCUCAACUUGCUCCUGCAUUUCAUCAUGGGCAUCAAGGUGAGCCUGGAGAGCCUGCAGCCCCAGAGCCUGGAGGUGGCCAGCCACAAGCUGCAGGAGCUCCACCAGUCCCUCAGGGACCUGGAGCAGAAGAUGAGCCAGCUGGGUGGGGGUGGUGCCGCAGCUCCCGUACAGGGUGCGUGCGCACCGACCCUGGCCACCUCCUUCACCCCGCUGCCCAGCGCUGUGGGUGCUGCCCUGGAACUGCAGCUCCAGAGCGAAAAGACCAAGGUGGCGGAGCUGAGUCGGCGCUGCCAGGAGCUGGAGCUCAAAGUGAGCACGUUCGAGAACAUCGUCUGUGUCCUCAACCGAGAGAUGGAGCGCUCCUGCACCACCAUGGAGGCCUACAACCGCCAACACCGACUGGACCAGGACAAGAUUGAGAUUCUCAACAACAAGGUUCGUCAGCUGGAGAGGACUGUGAGUCUCAGAGACCUGUCCAUCGUGGAGAUGGAGGGGAAAAUGAGGGAGAUGUCUGCAGCCACGUAUGACGGCAUCUUUGUCUGGAAGAUCUCAGAUUUCACCAAGAAGAGGCAGGACGCUGUGGCCGGCCGUGCCCCUGCUAUGUUCUCACCUGCCUUUUAUACCAGUAAAUACGGCUACAAGAUGUGCUUGCGGAUCUACCUGAAUGGUGAUGGGACGGGCCGCGGCACCCACUUGUCUCUGUUCUUUGUGGUGAUGAGAGGACACAGCGACGCACUCCUCAAGUGGCCUUUUAAUCAGAAGGUCACCCUAAUGCUGCUCGACCAGAACAACAGGGAGCACAUAAUCGAUGCCUUCCGGCCCGACAUCUCCUCCUCGUCCUUCCAGAGGCCCGUCAGUGACAUGAACAUCGCCAGCGGCUGUCCGCUCUUCUGUUCACUUUCCAAACUGGACUCUAAAAACUCUUACAUACGCGACGACACCAUCUUCAUCAAGGCCAUUGUAGACCUCACUGGACUCUAGGCAAAAGAUG